UGUUCUUGUACUACACUACUACUAGACCCCGCGGGUUCCUCGUCACCAGCUCCCCUUUUCCCCCACAACCCCGGCGGCGCACGGCUCCCCGUCUCCCCUCCACUCUCUCCACCCACUCCUUCCCUUUGGCGCCAAGUCCACCCGCCCCUCCGAUUCCGGCCGUCGUCCAGUUUUGCCAGGUGCCGACAGUUGAGCAGGAUGGGACUGAAGCGCCUGAUGACAUGCUGCUGCUGCAUUGCAAAGCAGCACGCUGAUGACGAGGACAAGAUUGAUUUUGGAGGUGGCAAUGUUCAUGUUGUUACAAGCAAAGAGGACUGGGACCAAAAAAUUGCCGAGGCAAACAAGGAUGGGAAAAUUGUGGUUGCAAACUUCAGUGCUUCCUGGUGCGGCCCAUGCCGUGUCAUUUCACCUGUUUAUGCUGAAAUGUCACAGACAUACCCUCAGCUCAUGUUCUUGACGAUUGAUGUUGAUGAGUUAAUGGAGUUCAGCUCGUCGUGGGACAUCCGUGCGACCCCGACGUUCUUCUUCCUCAAGAACGGGCAGCAGGUGGACAAGCUGGUCGGCGCCAACAAGCCUGAGCUGGAGAAGAAAGUCGCCGCCAUCGCUGGGGCGUCGUCACAGGCUGACGCUGCCAGCAGCAAGACAGUGUAGUGUAGUGUAGUGUAGUGUAGGCAAGGACCCGCCCUGUUGACCUUGCCCCCUGUAUAUGGCUGUUCCGAUCCUGUGUGUUUCUUGACAGUUGUCACCGCGCGCAUUGCGUCUGCCGGCGGCGGUUCUGUCUGUCUCUGUGUGAUGUCUCUUCUGCCAUGUGCUGACUGCUGAUUGUACAGUUCUCCGGUAAUGGUAUCUUAUAGUUUCUGUGGUA